AUGAGAGCAGAGAUGACAGUUCAGUCGGAUGCAGAUUAUCGACGAGAUUUUAAUGUAAAACCAUAUGGAAAUAAUUUUAUCGAUGCUGAGAUGACAAUUCAGUCGGCUGUUGCUAAUCGACGAGAUAUGAAAGCUGAAGGCUCUUCAACUUCACAAUUAAUUAAAGUUGGGCCGGUAUCAACAAAACUUCAAUGCCCUGAAUGUAAAUGCAUAAUUAAGACAAAAACACAAACUGAAGUGUCAAUGCAAACUCAUGUCAUAGCUGCAAUGUUGCUUCCGUGA